AUGAGGUUUGCGAUUGAAUCAAUGAUAGCAAAGAGAUUUCUUCGUCGGAGUCAUUACGAGAAAGAUGCGUGUUGCUGGAUACGAGCUUUCUCUGGUAAGAGUUAUAAUUUCAGAGAGAAAUUGAGUAGUAGAAGUGAUUUAAAGCUAGACGAUGUUGUUGAUCUGUUCAGUGUUAUGGUCAAGUCUCGUCCUUUGCCUUCAAUUUUUGAUUUCAGUAAAUUGUUGAGUGCCAUUGCCAAACUGACGAAGUAUGAUGUUGUCAUCUCUAUGGGGGAGCAGAUGCAAAAGCUGGGGAUUUCACACAGUCUUUAUACAUACAGUAUCCUCAUAAACUGUUUCUGUCGCUCUUCUCAACUCUCUCUUGCUUUGGCAAUACUUGGGAAGAUGAUGAAACUUGGUUAUGAGCCCAGCAUUGUUACGCUUUCUUCGCUUCUCAACGGGUACUGUCACGGCAAGAGGAUUUCUGAUGCCGUAGCUUUGGUUGACCAAAUGGUGGCAAUGGGAUAUCAACCUAAUACUAUUACAUUUAACACUCUUAUCCAUUGCCUUUUUCUUCACAACAAAGCUUCAGAAGCAGUGGCUUUAGUUGACCGGAUGGCUGAGAAAGGCUGUCAACCAGAUCUGGCUACAUACGGUGUGGCAGUCAAUGGACUAUGUAAGAGAGGUGACAUUGAUUUGGCUUUAAAUCUGCUCAAGAAGAUGGAUGAAGGGAAAAUAAAGCCUGGUGUUGUAAUCUACAGCACAGUCAUUGAUAGUCUUUGCAGAUAUAGUCACGUGAAUGAUGCUCUAAACCUGUUCAACGAAAUGGAGAAGAAAGGAAUUAGAGCGGAUGUUGUGACCUACAACUCCCUCAUAAGUUGCCUUUGUAAUUACGGAAGAUGGAAUGAAGCCUCUCAACUACUUAGAGAUAUGAUUGACAGGAAAAUCAGUCCUAGUGUAGUCACUUUCAGCGCAUUAAUCCAUGCGUUUGCGAAAGAAGGGAAGCUUCUAGAAGCUGAGAAAUUGUACGAAGAGAUGAUCAAAAGGUCUAUAGAUCCUACUAUUUACACGUUCACAAGGAUUGCCUCCCAAACGUAG